UUUUUUUGUAAUUCUAUGACAUGAGUUUUUUUUUGUUUUGACUUUUAAUCGCCUUGCACUUUUUUCCUAUUAGUAUUUAUUUAUUAUGGAGUAUGGACAUUAAAUUUGAGAACUGUGGUUAAAUUCAUGGAUAUUUGAGUAAAAUCUCCAAUUAAUAAAAACUGAAAAAGUGUGAUAUACCUACUUACUUUAGAAAAAUGUAUACAUAAUAUACUACUUAACAGUGAUGUUUUGAUCAGCUGUUGUAGAAUGAUUUGUUUAGCUAAUUGGUUUGGUUUGGUCUAACAGAAGAGGUACGCAAAUGGAACAAACAAUACAUUUGCUUAGAUAAUUAUUUAUUGUGUUCUAAUAUCUAGUAGUAAUUUAAAGAACUUCAUACAGUAAUGUGUAUUUUCUUUUAAGUCUGUAUAUUAAAAGCACAAUAUUUAUUAUAUUUUAUUGAAAUAUGGGUUUUACAAAUAUCUUAGGAAAGACAUUAGGAUUUGCUGGUUAUGCUUUACAAUAUGCUUGUAUUACACACUGCACUUUUGAAUAUGUGGGUGAUUUUGUAAUGUGCUCAGGUCCAUCAAUGGAACCAACUUUGGAGACCAACAACAUAUUAUUUACUGAACAUAUAACACCUCGAAUGCAAAGGUUACGUCGUGGGGACAUAAUUAUAGCAAAGUGCCCCACAAAUCCAAAGCAAAAUAUAUGCAAACGAAUUACAGGACUUCCUGGUGACAAAGUAAAGGGCCAUUUUAUGAGAAGUCAGUAUGUGCCCAGAGGUCAUGUAUGGCUGGAAGGAGACAAUUCUAGUAAUUCUUCAGAUUCAAGAAUUUAUGGAGCUGUUCCUCAAGGCUUAAUACGCAGUCGAGUAGUAUGCAGAGUUUGGCCAUUAGAUAAAAUGAGUACUCUGACUCAAGUGUAGUCAGUUGUCGAGUUUGGUAGAUUAAUUGUGUAAAUAGAAGAGGAAGGUAAUAAAAAGAAUAUUUUUAGAAAA